CACGCGGCGCUCGGAGAUCGCUAGUCAUCCCGGGCGCCGGGGCUUCGCUCCCCCUCGCCCUCUGCGCUCUCAGUUUGGGAGGAGGAGACAGCGAGAGAGAAGCGACUGGGGGAGAUGAGAGAGAGGGGCUUGGCCGAGCGUCGGCGUCGGCUGUGAUGGGGAGCCGGGAGCAGCCAGGCAGCGAGCAGUAGCGGCGGCGGCGGCGGCUGCAGCUCGGAGCAGACACGAGAGCCGGCGCUCCUCCCGGCAGGCUGCGCUGUGAUCUGGGCUGCGGAUUGGGAUCUCGCGCCUCCGUGUCCCUCCUCCCGCUGCCGUUCUCCUCCUCCCGGCUCCCCUCCUCCGCCUGCGACCCCGCGGCGGCAGCGGCGGCGGCGGCGUCCCGAGCGCCGAGCGCCUCUGCUCGUGGCUCCAGUCCCAGCGAGCGCGCGGAGGGCACUGCGGAGGCAGCGGCAGCGGCAGGGUGGCCGGCUCACUCCGGGCAGGAGCGCCAGGAGAGGAAGACCGCGGGAGAGGCGCCUGGUGGAGCUGAGGAUCGCCAGCGCAGGCAAGGGAUGGAAGUAUGAUGUGAUGGAUAUAACUAUGGGAUACUGUGUGGGUACACGGCCUCCCUCUUGCCUCAUCCUCCUGCUUCUCAAGCUGUUGGCCACUGUCUCCCAGGGGCUUCCGGGGUCUGGACCCCUCGGUUUCCACUUCACGCAUUCCAUUUAUAAUGCUACCGUGUAUGAGAACUCGGCAGCAAGGACCUACGUCAACAGCCAGAGCAGAAUGGGCAUCACCUUGAUAGAUCUGUCCUGGGAAAUUAAAUACAGAAUCGUGUCUGGAGACGAGGAAGGCUUUUUCAAAGCCGAAGAAGUCAUCAUUGCAGAUUUCUGUUUUCUCAGGAUAAGAACUAAAGGUGGCAAUUCUGCCAUAUUGAAUAGGGAAAUCCAGGACAAUUAUUUAUUGAUAGUAAAGGGUUCUGUCAGAGGAGAGGAUUUGGAAGCAUGGACCAAAGUGAAUAUACAGGUUUUAGAUAUGAAUGAUCUGAGACCCUUAUUUUCACCCACCACCUACUCCGUUACCAUCGCAGAAAGCACACCUUUAAGGACUAGCGUCGCCCAGGUGACGGCAACAGAUGCUGAUAUCGGUUCCAACGGAGAGUUCUACUACUACUUUAAAAACAAAGUGGAUCUCUUUUCAGUUCACCCCACGAGUGGUGUCAUCUCUUUAAGUGGACGAUUAAAUUACGAUGAAAAGAAUAGGUAUGAUCUGGAGAUUUUGGCUGUGGACCGAGGGAUGAAGCUUUAUGGAAACAAUGGCGUGAGCAGCACGGCCAAGCUUUAUGUUCACGUUGAACGUAUAAACGAGCACGCCCCCACCCUCCAUGUGGUCACUCACGUUCCCUUUUCCCUGGACACAGAACCCGUGUAUGCAGUGGUGACCGUUGAUGACCUCGAUGAGGGGGCCAAUGGAGAGAUUGAGUCUGUUUCCAUUGUGGCGGGGGAUCCUUUAGAUCAGUUCUUCCUGGCCAAGGAAGGAAAGUGGAUGAACGAGUACAGGAUUAAGGAGAAAAAGCAGGUGGACUGGGAGAGCUUUCCCUAUGGCUACAAUCUCACUCUUCAAGCCAAAGACAAGGGGUCCCCGCAGAAAUUUUCAGCCGCCAAGGUAGUCCACAUUGCCAACCCCAAGAGAGACUUCGUCCCAGUUAAAUUUGAAAAAGAAACAUACGAGGUCAGCAUUAGUGAAUUUUCCCCUCCUGGUGUCGUGGUUGCUAUAGUAAAAUUAAGUCCUGAACCUCUAGACGUGGAAUACAAAUUGUCCCCUGGCGCGGAUGCACAGUACUUCAAAAUUAAUCCUCGGUCAGGUCUGAUUGUCACAGCACAGCCACUGAAUACCAUAAAGAAGGAGGUUUAUAAAUUGGGGGUGACAAAUAAGGAAGGAGAUUUAAAAGCACAAGUCACCAUCGGCAUAGAAGAUGCGAACGACCACACCCCAGAAUUUCAGCAGCCCCUGUAUGAUGCUUUUGUGAAUGAAAGUGUUCCAGUGGGAACAAGCGUUCUGACCGUUUCAGCGUCUGAAGAUAAAGGAGAGAAUGGGUACAUCACCUACAGUAUUGCCAGCCUGAAUUUGUUGCCAUUUGCCAUUAACCAGUUUACCGGUGUUAUUAGCAACGAAGAGCUGGAUUUUGAAUCCUCUCCAGAAACGUACAGGUUCAUCGUCCGAGCCUCUGACUGGGGUUCGCCAUACCGCCAUGAAAGCGAGGUCAAUGUCACUAUUCGAAUAGGGAAUGUCAAUGACAACAGUCCUCUCUUUGAAAAAGUGGGUUGCCAGGGAGUGAUUUCAUAUGACUUUCUUGGGGGUCAUAUCACAGCUGUCUCCGCCAUCGAUAUCGAUGAACUUGAACUUGUAAAGUACAAAAUCAUCUCUGGCAAUGAACUUGGUUUCUUUUAUUUAAACCCGGACUCUGGCGUCUUGCAGCUUAAAAAGUCGCUGAUGAACUCGGGCAUUAAAAAUGGAAAUUUUGCCCUCAGGAUUACAGCCACCGACGGGGAGCAUUUUGCAGACCCAAUGUCCGUUAACAUUUCAGUCCUGCAUGGGAAGGUGUCUUCAAAGAGCUUCAGUUGCCGAGAAACACGUGUGGCUCAGAAACUGGCGGAGAAACUGCUCAUAAAGGCAAAAGCAAAUGGGAAGCUGAAUCUGGAAGAUGGAUUUCUUGACUUUUAUUCAGUUAAUAGGCAAGGACCACAUUUUGACAAGUCCUUUCCUUCUGAUGUGGCUGUGAAGGAGGAUCUGCCAGUUGGUGCUAACAUCCUGAAGAUUAAAGCCUAUGAUGCUGACUCUGGCUUCAAUGGGAAGGUGCUAUUUACAAUAUCUGAUGGGAAUACGGAUAGUUGUUUUAAUAUCGAUAUGGAGACCGGGCAGCUUAAAGUCCUUAUGCCCAUGGAUCGGGAGCACAGAGACCUCUAUCUCCUUAAUAUCACCAUCUAUGACUUAGGGAAUCCUCAGAGGUCCUCAUGGAGGUUGCUCACCAUCAACGUGGAGGAUGCGAAUGACAAUAGCCCCGUUUUUCUUCAAGACAGUUACUCAGUUACCAUUCUUGAAAGUUCAAGUAUUGGUACUGAGAUCAUUCAAGUGGAAGCCAGAGACAAAGACUUGGGUUCUAAUGGUGAAGUGACCUACUCCGUCUUGACAGACACACAGCAGUUUGCCAUCAACAGCUCCACUGGAAUCGUUUAUGUAGCUGACCAAUUGGAUCGGGAAUCCAAAGCAAACUACUCUUUAAAAAUAGAAGCCAGGGACAAGGCAGAAAGUGGCCAGCAGCUGUUUUCAGUGGUCACCCUGGAGGUUUUCUUGGAUGACGUCAAUGACUGCUCCCCAGCUUUCAUUCCCAGUAGCUAUAGCGUGAAGGUUCUGGAAGAUCUCCCCGUUGGCACUGUCAUUGCUUGGCUGGAGACCCACGAUCCAGAUCUUGGGCUUGGGGGCCAAGUACGCUAUUCUUUGGUCAAUGAUUAUAACGGGAGAUUUGAAAUAGAUAAAGCCAGUGGCGCCAUCCGCUUGAGCAAAGAGCUCGACUAUGAAAAGCAGCAGUUCUAUAACCUCACAGUUCGGGCCAAGGACAAAGGGCGGCCUGUCUCUCUGUCGUCCGUCUCCUUUGUGGAGGUGGAAGUGGUGGAUGUCAACGAAAACCUCCAUACUCCCUAUUUCCCAGACUUUGCUGUGGUUGGAUCUGUAAAAGAAAACUCACGGAUUGGAACCAGCGUGCUGCAGGUGACUGCCCAUGACGAGGACUCCGGGAGGGAUGGAGAGAUCCAGUACUCCAUCAGGGAUGGGAGCGGUCUCGGCAGGUUCAACAUAGAUGAUGAGAGUGGCGUCAUCUCUACGGCAGACAUUCUUGAUCGGGAGACAACGGGGUCCUACUGGCUGACUGUCUAUGCCACAGACCGGGGCGUUGUUCCACUCUAUUCCACUAUCGAGGUCUACAUUGAAAUUGAAGACGUGAAUGACAAUGCUCCGUUGACCUCGGAACCUAUUUAUUAUCCUGUUGUCAUGGAAAACUCUCCAAAGGAUGUGUCUGUCAUUCAGAUCCAGGCCGAGGACCCUGACUCCAGUUCCAACGAAAAACUGACCUACAGGAUUACGAGUGGGAAUCCUCAGAACUUUUUUGCCAUCAACAGCAAAACAGGUCUGAUUACAACAACUUCACGGAAACUGGAUCGAGAACAGCAGGCAGAGCAUUUUCUGGAGGUGACUGUGACAGAUGGCGUUUCUCCAAAACAGUCGACCAUUUGGGUAGUGGUCCAGGUUCUGGAUGAAAAUGACAACAAGCCCCAGUUUCCGGAGAAGGUCUACCAGAUCAAGCUGCCAGAACGGGACCGGAAGAAGAGGGGAGAACCCAUUUACAGGGCUUUUGCAUUUGAUAGAGAUGAGGGCCCCAACGCAGAAAUCUCCUACAGUAUCGUGGAUGGCAAUGAUGAUGGAAAGUUCUUCAUUGACCCCAAAACCGGCAUGGUUUCUUCCCGAAAGCAAUUUACAGCAGGAAGUUAUGACAUUCUAACGAUAAAGGCAGUGGACAAUGGGCGCCCCCAGAAGUCCUCCACGGCCCGCCUCCACAUUGAAUGGAUUAAGAAACCACCUCCUUCACCUGUACCGCUGACCUUCGAUGAGCCAUUUUAUAACUUCACAGUCAUGGAAAGCGAUAGAGUCACGGAGAUUGUAGGGGUGGUGUCUGUACAGCCAGCCAACACCCCUCUGUGGUUUGACAUCGUUGGGGGCAAUUUUGACAGCUCUUUUGACGCAGAGAAGGGCGUUGGGACCAUUGUCAUUGCAAAACCUUUGGACGCAGAGCAGAGGUCCAUCUAUAACAUGAGCGUGGAGGUCACUGAUGGGACAAAUGUUGCUGUCACUCAGGUGUUUAUCAAAGUGCUAGAUAAUAAUGAUAAUGGCCCAGAAUUCUCUCAGCCAAAUUACGAUGUCACAAUUUCCGAGGAUGUGCUUCCAGAUACGGAGAUAUUGCAGAUUGAAGCCACAGACAGAGAUGAGAAGCACAAGCUAAGCUAUACCAUCCACAGCAGCAUUGAUUCCAUCAGCAUGAGAAAAUUCCGGAUCGACCCCAGCACUGGCGUGCUCUACACGGCCGAGAGGCUGGACCACGAGGCCCAGGACAAGCACAUCCUCAACGUAAUGGUCAGAGAUCAGGAGUUUCCUUAUCGAAGAAACUUGGCCCGCGUCAUUGUGAAUGUGGAAGAUGCUAAUGAUCACAGUCCUUAUUUUACCAACCCACUGUAUGAAGCAUCUGUGUUUGAAUCGGCUGCUCUGGGAUCAGCUGUUCUGCAAGUGACGGCUCUGGACAAAGACAAAGGGGAAAAUGCAGAACUCAUAUAUACCAUAGAAGCAGGGAACACUGGGAACACAUUUAAGAUCGAACCAGUCCUGGGCAUCAUCACUGUCUCCAAAGAGCCGGACAUGACGACAAUGGGUCAGUUUGUCCUGUCGGUCAAAGUCACGGAUCAGGGCUCCCCCCCCAUGUCUGCCACGGCAAUCGUGCGCAUCUCUGUCACCAUGUCUGAUAAUUCUCACCCCAAGUUCACUCACAAAGACUACCAAGCCGAAGUAAAUGAAAAUGUCGAUAUUGGAACAUCCGUCAUUCUAAUCUCCGCCAUUAGUCAAUCCACCCUCAUUUAUGAAGUCAAAGAUGGAAAUGUUGAUGGCAUCUUUACCAUCAAUCCAUAUUCUGGAGUCAUCACCACUAGGAAGGCGCUGGAUUACGAGCACACUUCCUCUUACCAGCUCAUUGUUCAGGCCACCAACAUGGCAGGGAUGGCUUCCAACGUCACAGUCAAUAUUCAGAUUGUUGAUGAAAAUGAUAAUGCUCCAGUUUUUCUCUUUUCUCAAUAUUCGGGCAGCCUAAGUGAGGCGGCCCCCAUCAAUAGCAUCGUCAGGAGCUUGGAUAACAGCCCACUGGUGAUUCGAGCCACGGAUGCUGACAGCAACCGGAAUGCUCUGCUUGUGUAUCAGAUUGUGGAAUCCACGGCCAAGAAGUUCUUCACCGUGGACUCCAGCACAGGUGCCAUCAGAACAAUUGCCAACCUGGACCACGAAACCAUCGCCCAUUUUCAUUUUCACGUGCACGUGAGAGACAGCGGUAGCCCCCAGCUGACUGCAGAGAGUCCCGUGGAGGUCAACAUAGAGGUGACAGAUGUGAACGACAACCCCCCUGUGUUCACUCAGGCUGUGUUUGAGACUGUCUUACUUCUACCUACCUAUGUUGGAGUGGAAGUCCUGAAAGUCAGUGCCGUGGAUCCUGACUCCGAGGUGCCCCCCGAACUGACGUACAGCCUAAUGGAAGGCAGCUUGGAUCAUUUUUUAAUUGACUCAAGUACGGGAGUGCUCACCAUAAAAAACAACAACCUCUCCAAAGAUCACUACCUGCUGAUAGUUAAGGUGUCGGAUGGAAAGUUCUACAGUACUUCCAUGGUCAACAUCUUGGUUAAAGAAGCCAUGGACAGCGGCCUCCACUUUACACAAAGCUUUUACUCCACCUCCAUCUCAGAGAACAACAGUAACAUAACCAAAGUUGCCAUUGUCAAUGCCGUUGGAAAUCGCCUUAAUGAGCCCUUAAAAUAUAGCAUCUUAAACCCAGGAAACAAGUUCAAGAUAAAAUCUACCUCAGGGGUCAUCCAGACCACUGGAGUCCCCUUUGACCGUGAAGAACAAGAGUUGUAUGAGCUGGUGGUGGAAGCCAGCCGCGAGCUGGACCAUCUUCGGGUGGCACGGGUGGUGGUCCGGGUUAACAUCGAAGACAUAAACGACAACUCUCCGGUCUUUGUAGGCCUCCCUUACUAUGCUGCGGUGCAAGUUGAUGCUGAGCCUGGCACUCAGAUUUACCGAGUGACAGCCAUCGACAAAGACAAAGGUGCAAAUGGGGAAGUGACCUACGUCCUACAGGAUGACUACGGCCACUUUGAAAUUAACCCUACUUCAGGGAAUGUCAUUUUGAAAGAAGCCUUCAACUCUGAUUUGUCCAACAUUGAGUACGGAGUCACCAUCCUAGCCAAAGAUGGUGGAAAACCCUCUCUGUCCACAUCCGUGGAACUUCCCAUCACUAUUGUCAACAAAGCAAUGCCUGUGUUUGAUAAGCCCUUUUAUACAGCAUCCAUCAACGAAGAUGUCAGCGUGGACACCCCCAUUCUAAGCAUCAAUGCCACCAGUCCAGAAGGCCAAGGCAUCAUAUAUAUCAUUAUUGAUGGGGAUCUUUAUAAACAGUUUAACAUUGACUUUGACACUGGGGUCCUGAAAGUUGUUAGCCCUUUGGAUUAUGAAAUUAUAUCUGUUUACAAGUUGACAGUAAGAGCCAGUGAUGCCCUUACUGGUGCCAGGGCUGAAGUCACUGUUGACUUGCUAGUUAACGAUAUAAAUGACAACCCCCCUAUUUUCGAUCAACCUACGUACAAUACAACAUUAUCAGAAGCAUCUCUCAUUGGAACGCCUGUUUUACAGGUUGUCUCUACUGAUGCAGACUCAGAAAACAAUAAAAUGGUCCAUUAUCAGAUUGUCCAAGAUACUUACAACAGCACGGAUUAUUUUCACAUAGAUAGCGCAAGUGGCUUAAUCCUGACGGCCAGGAUGCUGGACCACGAGUUAGUGCAACACUGCACUUUGAAAGUCAGAGCAACAGAUAGUGGCUUCCCAUCACUGAGCAGCGAGGUCCUGGUUCAUAUCUACAUCUCUGAUGUAAAUGACAACCCUCCGGUCUUUAAUCAGCUCAUUUAUGAGUCCUACGUGAGUGAAUUAGCCCCCCGGGGCCAUUUUGUAACCUGUGUACAAGCCUCUGAUGCAGACAGCUCUGAUUUUGACCGAUUGGAAUACAGCAUCUUAUCUGGGAAUGACCGGACGAGCUUUCUGAUGGACGGCAAGAGUGGCGUCAUCACCCUGUCCAACCACCGGAAGCAGCGGAUGGAGCCUCUGUACAGUCUCAACGUGUCUGUCUCUGAUGGGCUGUUCACUAGCACCGCCCAGGUGCAUAUCAGGGUCCUAGGGGCUAACCUCUACAGCCCUGCCUUUUCGCAGAGCACCUAUGUUGCUGAGGUGAGAGAGAAUGCAGCCGCUGGGACAAAGGUAAUUCACGUUCGAGCCACGGAUGGGGAUCCAGGGACAUAUGGGCAGAUCAGCUAUGCCAUCAUCAACGACUUUGCUAAGGAUCGAUUCCUCAUCGACGGCAAUGGUCAGGUCAUCACAACAGAAAGGCUCGACCGGGAAAACCCUCUGGAAGGAGACAUCAGUAUUUUUUUGAGGGCCCUCGAUGGUGGAGGGAGAACAACUUUCUGCACCGUGCGGGUGAUUGUGGUGGAUGAAAAUGACAAUGCCCCCCAGUUCAUGACGGUGGAAUACAGAGCCAGUGUCAGGGCAGACGUUGGACGGGGUCACCUGGUCACUCAGGUCCAAGCCAUGGAUCCAGACGAUGGAGCCAAUGCGAGGAUUACUUAUUCCCUCUACAGCGAGGCCUCCGUCUCGGUGGCUGACCUCUUGGAAAUCGAUCCUGACAAUGGCUGGAUGGUCACAAAGGGCCAUUUUAACCAGCUGAAGAACACAGUACUGUCCUUCUUUGUCAAGGCGGUGGAUGGGGGCAUCCCAGUGAGGCACGCCCUCAUCCCCGUCUACAUCCACGUCUUGCCCCCCGAGACGUUCUUGCCCUCAUUCACCCAGUCUCAGUACUCCUUCACCGUCUCAGAAGAUACCGCCAUUGGGAGCACAGUGGACACCCUGAGGAUUUUGCCCACUCAGAGUGUCAGGUUCAGCACAGUUAAUGGGGAGCGGCCAGAAAAUAACCAAGGAGGUGUCUUCAUCAUCGAACAGGAAACGGGCACCAUCAAGCUGGACAAACGUCUGGACCAUGAGAUCAGCCCAGCCUUCCACUUCAAGGUAGCAGCCACCAUCCCGCUGGACAAGGUAGAUAUUGUGUUCACCGUGGAUGUUGACAUCAAGGUUCUGGAUUUGAAUGACAACAAGCCAGUCUUCGAAACCUCAAGCUACGAGACCAUCAUCAUGGAAGGGAUGCCCGUGGGCACCAAACUCACACAGGUGAGGGCCAUCGAUAUGGACUGGGGAGCCAACGGGCAGGUCACCUACUCCCUCCACUCGGAUUCUCAGCCCGAAAAGGUGAUGGAAGCCUUCAACAUUGACAGCAACACAGGCUGGAUCAGUACCUUGCAGGACCUGGAUCACGAGACAGACCCUGCGUUCACCUUCUCCGUGGUGGCCUCCGACCUCGGGGAGGCCUUCUCUCUUUCUUCCACGGCGCUGGUCUCUGUAAGGGUGACGGAUAUCAAUGACAAUGCUCCGGUCUUUGCCCACGAGGUGUACCGAGGGAAUGUGAAGGAGAGCGACCCCCCGGGCGAGGUGGUGGCCGUGCUCAGCACCUGGGACAGAGACACUUCUGACAUUAAUCGUCAAGUCAGCUAUCACAUUACAGGAGGAAACCCCCGAGGAAGGUUUGCCCUGGGCCUGGUGCAGAGCGAGUGGAAGGUCUAUGUGAAGAGACCUCUAGACAGAGAAGAACAAGACAUGUACUUUCUCAAUAUCACUGCCACCGAUGGGCUCUUUGUCACCCAAGCCAUGGUGGAAGUGACAGUCAGUGAUGUGAAUGACAAUAGCCCAGUGUGUGAUCAGGUGGCAUAUACAGCAGUAUUUCCUGAAGACAUUCCAUCAAACAAAAUCAUCCUGAAGGUCAGUGCCAAGGAUGCUGAUAUUGGAUCCAAUGGAGAUAUACGAUACUCACUCUAUGGAUCUGGCAACAAUGAAUUUUUUCUAGAUCCAGAAAGUGGUGAGUUAAAAACCUUGGCACGGUUGGACCGGGAGAGGAUCCCUGUGUACAACCUCGUCGCCAGGGCCACGGACGGGGGCGGCAGGUUCUGCCAGUCCGAUAUCCGUCUGAUCCUAGAGGACGUGAACGACAAUCCCCCGGUGUUUUCUUCCGACCACUAUAACGCCUGUGUCUAUGAGAACACAGCCACCAAGGCUCUGCUGACCAGAGUUCAAGCGAUGGAUCCCGACGUUGGCAUCAACAGGAAGGUCGUGUACUCCCUGGCCGACUCGGCCAACGGCUUCUUCUCCAUCGACGGCUCAUCUGGCAUCGUCAUCCUGGAGCAGCCGCUGGACCGGGAGCAGCAGUCCGCCUACAACAUCAGCGUGCGGGCCACGGACCAGAGCCCUGGCCAGGCCCUGUCCUCUCUGGCCACCGUCACCAUCACCGUGCUGGACAUUAAUGACAACCCGCCCGUGUUCGAGAGGCGGGACUAUCUGGUGACGGUGCCUGAGGACACCUCCCCUGGCACCCAAGUCCUGGCGGUGUUUGCCACCAGCAAAGACAUAGGCACAAAUGCUGAGAUUACGUAUCUCAUCCGGUCUGGGAAUGAACAAGGGAAAUUUAGGAUCCACCCAAAGACAGGGGGCAUUUCUGUGUCCGAGAUCCUGGACUAUGAAUUGUGCAAGAAGUUUUACCUGGUGGUGGAAGCGAAAGACGGGGGCACCCCUGCCCUCAGUGCGGUGGCUACUGUCAGCAUCAACCUCACGGAUGUGAACGACAACCCUCCCAGGUUCAGCCAAGACGUCUACAGCGCUGUCAUAAGCGAAGAUGCCCUGGUUGGGGACUCUGUCAUUUUGCUAAUAGCGGAAGAUGCAGACAGCCAGCCCAACGGACAGAUUCGUUUUUCCAUUGUGAAUGGAGAUCGGGACAGUGAAUUUGCUGUGGAUCCUGUCUUGGGACUUCUGAAGGUUAAGAAGAAAUUGGACCGGGAACGGGUGUCUGGAUACUCCCUGCUCGUUCAGGCGGUGGACAGUGGCAUUCCUGCGAUGUCAUCAACUGCUACUGUCAACAUCGAUAUUUCUGAUGUGAACGACAAUAGCCCAGUCUUUACACCUGCUAACUAUACCGCUGUGAUUCAGGAAAAUAAGCCAGUAGGCACCAGCAUUUUGCAGCUCAUGGUGACAGACAGAGACUCCUUUCAUAAUGGGCCUCCCUUCUCCUUCUCUAUUUUGUCGGGCAACGAAGAAGAGGCGUUUGUGCUGGAUUCACACGGGAUCCUGCGGUCGGCCGUGGUCUUCCGGCACACGGAGUCUCUGGAGUACGUGCUGUGUGUCCAGGCAAAAGACUCGGGCAAACCUCAGCAAGCUUCUCACUCCUACAUCCGCGUGCGGGUCAUUGAGGAAAGUACCCACAAGCCCACAGCCAUCCCCCUGGAAAUUUUCAUUGUCACCAUGGAGGAUGACUUUCCUGGUGGGGUCAUUGGGAAGAUCCACGCCACCGAUCAAGACAUGUAUGAUGUGCUCACGUUUGCCCUGAAAUCGGAGCAGAAAAGCUUGUUCAAGGUGAACAGUCACGAUGGAAAAAUCAUCGCCCUGGGAGGUCUGGACAGCGGCAAGUACGUGCUGAACGUGUCGGUGAGUGACGGCCGCUUCCAGGUGCCCAUCGACGUGGUGGUGCACGUGGAGCAGCUGGUGCAUGAGAUGCUGCAGAACACCGUCACCAUCCGCUUUGAGAACGUGUCCCCCGAGGACUUCGUGGGGCUGCACAUGCACGGGUUCCGGCGCACCCUGCGGAACGUGGUCCUCACCCAGAAGCAGGACAGCCUGCACAUCAUCAGCAUCCAGCCCGUGGCGGGCACCAACCAGCUGGACAUGCUCUUCGCGGUGGAGAUGCACAGCAGCGAGUUCUACAAGCCAGCCUACCUGAUCCAGAAGCUGUCCAACGCCAGGAGACAUCUGGAGAAUGUCAUGCGCAUCUCAGCCAUCCUGGAGAAGAACUGCUCGGGGCUGGACUGUCAGGAGCAGCAUUGUGAGCAAGGCUUGUCGCUGGAUUCCCACGCGCUCAUGACCUACAGCACUGCUCGCAUCAGCUUUGUGUGCCCGCGUUUCUACAGGAACGUCCGCUGCACCUGUAACGGAGGACUGUGCCCAGGGUCCAACGACCCUUGCGUGGAGAAGCCGUGUCCAGGGGACAUGCAGUGCGUCGGUUACGAAGCCAGCAGGAGACCGUUCCUCUGCCAGUGUCCACCGGGGAAGCUCGGAGAAUGCUCAGGGCACACUUCUCUCAGCUUUGCUGGAAACAGCUACAUCAAAUACCGGCUUUCUGAAAACAGCAAAGAAGAGGACUUUAAGCUGGCUCUGCGUCUGCGAACCCUGCAAAGCAACGGGAUUAUCAUGUACACCAGAGCAAAUCCCUGCAUCAUCCUGAAGAUUGUGGACGGCAAGCUCUGGUUCCAGCUGGACUGCGGUAGCGGCCCCGGAAUCUUGGGCAUCUCGGGGCGCGCGGUCAACGACGGGAGCUGGCACUCGGUCUUCCUGGAGCUCAACCGCAAUUUCACCAGCCUGUCCCUGGACGACAGCUACGUGGAGCGGCGCAGGGCGCCCCUCUACUUCCAGACGCUGAGCACCGAGAGCACCAUCUACUUCGGAGCCCUGGUGCAGGCGGAUAACAUCCGCAGCCUGACCGACACGCGGGUCACACAGGUGCUGAGCGGUUUCCAGGGCUGCCUGGACUCGGUGGUGCUGAAUAACAAUGAGCUGCCGCUGCAGAACAAGCGCAGCAGCUUCGCCGAAGUGGUGGGUCUGACGGAGCUGAAGCUGGGCUGCGUGCUCUACCCGGAUGCUUGCGAGCGGAGCCCGUGCCAGCACGGGGGCAGCUGCACCGGCCUGCCCUCCGGGGGUUACCAGUGUACUUGUCUCUCCCAGUUCACCGGAAGAAACUGUGAAUCAGAGAUCACAGCCUGCUUCCCAAACCCCUGCCGGAAUGGAGGCUCCUGUGAUCCCAUAGGAAACACUUUCAUCUGCAACUGCAAAGCUGGGCUCACUGGAGUCACGUGUGAAGAGGACGUCAACGAGUGUGACCGGGAGGAGUGUGAGAACGGCGGCGCCUGCGUGAACGUGUUUGGCUCCUUCCUCUGCAACUGCACGCCGGGCUACGUGGGCCAGUACUGCGGGCUGCGCCCCGUCGUGGUGCCCAACAUCCAGGCCGGCCACUCCUACGUGGGGAAGGAGGAGCUCAUUGGCAUCGCCGUGGUCCUCUUCGUCAUCUUCGUGCUCAUCGUGCUCUUCAUCGUCUUCCGCAAGAAGGUCUUCCGCAAGAACUACUCCCGCAACAACAUCACGCUGGUGCAGGACCCCGCCACGGCCGCCCUGCUCAACAAGAGCAAUGGCAUCCCUUUCCGGAACCUUCGGGGCGGCGGCGACGGCCGCAACGUCUACCAGGAGGUGGGGCCCCCGCAGGUCCCCGUGCGCCCCAUGGCCUACACCCCGUGCUUCCAGAGCGACUCCAGGAGCAACCUGGAUAAGAUCGUGGACGGGCUGGGCGGUGAACACCAGGAGAUGACCACGUUUCACCCCGAGUCCCCGCGCAUCCUGACAGCCCGGCGGGGUGUGGUCGUGUGCAGUGUGGCCCCCAACCUCCCCGCCGUGUCCCCCUGCCGCUCUGACUGCGAUUCCAUCCGGAAGAAUGGCUGGGAUGCCGGAACUGAAAACAAAGGGGUUGAUGACCCGGGAGAAGUGACCUGCUUUGCAGGCAGUAAUAAAGGCAGCAACUCGGAAGUACAGUCCCUGAGCUCCUUCCAGUCGGAUUCUGGCGAUGACAAUGCCUAUCACUGGGACACCUCUGACUGGAUGCCAGGGGCCCGCCUGUCGGACAUAGAAGAGGUGCCCAACUAUGAAAACCAGGAGGGAGGCUCUGCGCACCAGGGCAGCACGCGGGAGCUGGAGAGCGAUUACUACCUGGGCGGCUACGACAUCGACAGCGAGUACCCACCCCCCCACGAAGAGGAGUUCCUGAGUCAGGACCAGCUGCCCCCGCCCCUGCCAGAGGACUUCCCGGACCAGUACGAGGCCCUGCCGCCCUCCCAGCCCGUCUCACUGGCCAGCACCCUGAGCCCAGACUGCCGGAGAAGGCCCCAGUUCCAUCCCAGCCAGUACCUGCCUCCUCACCCCUUCCCCAACGAAUCGGAUUUGGUGGGCGCGCCCGCCGCCUGUGAAUUCAGUACUUUCGCCGUGAGCAUGAACCAGGGCACAGAGGCGGCGGCAGCGGGCCCGGCAGACAGUGGGUCUCUCUCCUUGCACAAUUCCAGAGGCACAUCGUCCUCGGAUGUGUCAGCCAGCUGCGGCUUUGACGACUCCGAGGUAGCCAUGAGUGACUAUGAGAGCGUCGGGGAGCUCAGCCUCGCCAGCCUUCACAUUCCCUUUGUAGAGACCCAGCACCAGACCCAAGUGUAGAGGACGCGCCUCCGCUGCUGCGCGCUGUUCGUUGCGGAAACCCGGAGGGAGACUGGCUGCCCUCGCAGCAUCUUCGCGGAGGGUCCUGUGUUGAGCGCAGCAUCUUCGGGGAGGAUCCUGUCUUGAGCUUGAGCGAGCAAGGAAGGCGGUCUUCUCCGCAGGGAACUUCUCAUACUGUCUCAAGCUCGACUCCAGUUGGGUGACGAGGAAAGGCUCAGAAAUUGUUUCUGAGAGGUGACCGAUCCCUCUGGCGGUGCGUCUCUGCGUUCAUGACGGAGAACACGCACCGAGUUUUUAAAGGGGGGAAAAGAGUUCCACCAAGUUAUGCAGUCCAUCGUGUAUGGCUUUGCGCAGUAUUGUGCCCUGGAAAGUGUUACAGCUUCGGUCCAUGCAGUAUUAAUAGCUGGCAACAGCAGAGGCAUUGUUGCCUGUAAUUUUGAGCCAAUGGUGGGGGGGGGGGAUGAAAAUAGUACUUAUGAUUGUUGGAAAAGUUAGUCUCUUAGGCAAAAGAAAAGAGGAACGAAUAUUAUUACAAAUAAGAAAAUGGGCUGAAGCCUUUAAAAUCACCUUUAAAAAAUAAAUAAGCUGCCCAAUUUCCAGCUAUAAAAUUAGUUUGGGUAACAUGUUUAGUAUGCUCAGUUAUUUUUGUUUGUGUUAAGCAUCCAAUAUAAUAUAGUUGGGUUUUAUGAUCUUUGAGAAAGAUAUCAGUGGAGAGGAGUACAUGAGGGUAUUUGGGUUCUGAUUCAUAGGCUGGGGAGAAGGUGUAGGUUGUGCAAACAUUUGAUAGAAUGUGAUUAUCUGUCUUUGUGUUUUCCAGUAAAUAUUCUUGGCUGUAACUACACUUUCACCUUGCUACAGAAAUUGGCCUUUGUCCUGAGAAUCAGGAAAUAAAAAGACCAAAAAUUUUUUAAAAAGGAAUAUUUUGGUAUAUUGUUCUCUAGAAUGAGAGAUAUUGAAAGGUGUAAGCAGAAGUCACAAAUUCAGGGGAAAAAAGAAAAUAUUAUACUCAAAGUUUUCUGCUAGAUAAUCACAGUUCUUGAUAAUGCAGGUAAAAGGUACAUGUUAUUUUAAAUUGGCAGCAUCAUCAUUAUAAAUGCAAUUACAUGUUUAAAAAGGGGAAGAGAGUAGAUUAGUUCUUGUGUAUAAAUUAUAAUAGUGUGUGUGUGUGUGUGUGUGUGUGUGUCUGGGCCUAUGUACAAAUACGUGCUUGCACUCAAUAAGGCUGCUCUUGAGGAAAGGUGACAUGAAGGUUUUAGGAUAUGGACUCUGUUAGAAAUCCUGCCAGCGAGGCCAACCUUCCAGUUUCUCUGAUAGUAAUGAUAUUGGAGAAACUCCGAACGCCAUAUUUUAUUCCGGUUCAGUUAACUUUAUUUUGGUACUGCCAUUUAUAGUAACUUGAAGCAAAAACCGUGCUUUUUUAGCAAAAGAAAAACACUAUUUUGUUAUAGUUUUACCAAACUAAACUUAUUUGAAAAAUGUGUCAAGUUCCAUCACACCUUGGGGUUCUCCUCUCAUCCGACCUGCAGGCUUUGGCCUUGAGUUUCCAAAAUUGUCAGGAGAAUCAUCCCACUGGAAAUACAAUAAUCCGAUACUCGAAGCCUAAAGGUGACGAAUUGAGUGACUUUCCUCUUUUGCUUCAACCAGAUCGUGGCUGCGUGCACAGCGGCCGUGGUAAAGAAAUGCAUAUUUGCACUAUCUGCAUAUGAGCAAAUCUCUGUGUCCACAGUUUCUGAUGACAUAUGGCAUUGGUGUGUCAACUGUUCUGUCCUCAAUCUGUGUAUCAGACAUAUUUUUAAUUGUUUCAGUUGUGUUUAAUCCACUUCUUUGUAGGAGUCAAUGUUUCCAAAGAUUGUGGUUAAAAAUAUUUCCUUUCCAUUCCCAAGCUUCCUGAGUACAUGCAUACACUUCACAGAUUUUUUUCAGUUUUUCUCCUCUUCUCUCUCUUGGUCAGACCUACUCACGGAAGCAUUAUCUGCACUGUGGUCUUGAAAUAAAUGAAUUUCACUAAGGCUGCUUUGGAGAAUAAAGUCUUUGGUAUUUUUCUUAUGUAAGAAACCCAUUUGCAAGAAUCACAGAGAAAAUGACGAACUAAUGGUCUAGAAUAGAAUCGUGGUGACACUUUCGAUAAUGCAGUGACAAGAAAAACCAUCCAAAUAAAACCAACACUUCAUGUCUUGCCCCCAGGAAAUAUUAGAAGAGAUUAAUGCCGAUGAGUCACUCCUGCUUACUCGGCGUCCCCUCCAGGCAGAGUGCCUGACCGACACAGUAAUGAAGAAAUAAAUAGAUCCUCAUGUGCUGGUGAAAUCACCCAAGAAAAUUGUGCCCACUCUUGGCUCUGACCUAUAUAAAAGACCUCUUUCUUCAGGAUAACUUCCUCUGAGUUUCUGCAGGGUAGCUCUACAGCUAAAUGUAUGCCAGACAAGCAUGUGUUAGUUACAUCUUGAUUUAUUACCUUUAAACACGUGGUAUCUUUUUGAGUUUCAGAUAAUUAGAUUUCCCUGUAGGUUCCAAGAUGGUUUACACUCAGGCCAAGACCACUGAUUCAAGAGCUGGAAGGGUCCUUAAGGUCUUCUGGUCCAAUUCCCUUAUUUUAUAAAAGUGGAAAAAUACCCAGAGAGAGGAAGAGACUUGCCCGAGCUCAAACAGGAAGUUAAGUAGCCGAACAGGAUCGACAAGCCAUCCACUUGGCCAAUAUUCUUUCUGUAUAACAUUGGUCCCCAUGAAACUGCCUGCCCCAUGGAAUGUGCCCAUUUCUGCUGGACCUUCUGACCACCCACCAUUCCUGCUUGGAAUAUGCUAGAAGAGAGAACUCUUGGAGAGUAUUUCUCUGGAAGCCUCACGGUCUUAGGUUGACUGGCAGCCUCCUAGGAAGGAUGCAGUCAUAGAAUUCACACAUUUCUUUGGACACCUAUCCAAACUGCUUCUGCCAAAUGAAUGUUUUCUAAAAUAAGGGUGGAAUGAUAAUUACAGAAUAGAAUUCAGACAAAUCAGAAAAUAGAAUGAACCCUGAUUAUCAUAUUACCUACCAGGUGCAUUUUUCCCCCCUCCCUAUCAGCCCUGGUAUUUAUUCCUACCCCCUCCACCGUGAUGAACCAUGUGGGAAAUAUUUAAGCCAAUUAGUGUCUUUCCCUUUUUUUCUAACAUAUAUGUGCUACCUCUGGAAGCCAUUUUCCAUAGCCUGUCUUAGGCACUUUACCUAUAUCGCACACAUUCUGAUUAGGUUGAAAGUAGCUGGAUAAGUGAUGUUUGUCAUACAGUAAGCAGAAGCUAUGGGGCUUUAAGAGAUGAAUACAGUGGGUAUUUCAUUUAUUUACUUUCUUCUAUAAAUAUUUUGCUGCUGAGUUUCAUUCUAUGCCAGCUCUCCAAGUACUCAUAUCCUACCAGUUCAUGGAAUGCCAUUGUAGAAGACAUUAAUAAGGACAAGGUCGAGUCUAUGGAUUGGAGUGUUACCCUGUCAGACCAUCAGGCUGAAGCCUGGAAAGAAAAUUGAUGAUGCAUUCCUGGAUCUUACCUGGAACCACACUGGGGAAUCGCCAGCACAGUCUGGAAAAAAGCCAGGAAAAUAUUAUUGGCCAACUCCUGUGUGUUUCUCACCCCCACUCCGCCCGCUGCCCCCAUUAAUGCUGAGUCUGCAUAAUCAAUGUCGGGGAUCGAGAGAAGAGAUUAGCAAAAUCAGUCAUUUAGGAUGCAGAAAACAUUUUCAUGGGAAAUAAUUCAGGAAGAUCUGAUGUUCAUUUUGCAUGAGUUGCCCAGAUAAUUGUCUCGUCUCUUCACUCCGUUGCCCUCCCAGUGCAGAGAUAUUGCUAAAAUGGUUAGGCUUUUGUGUUUAUGUUUUUAGCUUCAAACCACGAGAAAUGGAGAUUUGAAGAGGCAUGUCUCAGCGUCAUCGUUUUGUGUGGUCUGUGAGAAGGCGGUUAUGUGUUUUUGCUGGGCUUUGUCCUGCAAUGUUUAACUGCACAUUAUUCUGGUGGAAAUCCACAAUGUCUUUAAGCUGCUGGUUGUAUAAUUCUAGGGUUUAAAGUCACCAUUUGUGGAUUUGGCAUCAGUGAAUAUUUAGCCAGCUGGCUAAGGGAUAGGAAAAGAAUAAGAUUUUCUUUCCUUAUGUAAUAAUGAAAAGCAAUAAUUACAAGUAUGUAAUAUUACACAAAGGCCAUAAUUAGUCUCUUCCAGUGUUUAGGAUGCACUAGAGGAUCGUAGAGUCAUUUGGAGCGUGUUUGGACCCAUUAGUAUGUACUGUGGUACCCUUCCGGCAAACAAAUACCUGAAUUGCUACUAUUUAACAAUUUUAUGAGCCCAUACUACUGCAUUUCGGGAAGUGACAAAUGUGUUCAAAUGUGUUCGGAAAUGGAAGCAGUUCUUUUUUAAGCACUGUAUCAGAGAGACUGUCUUGUAAAUUUACCUGUUACAAACAGGCUGGUUUGUAAAAGAUGUAUGUUUUGGUGUUUAAAAUGUUUAUAAAAUUGUAUAUAAUGGUUUCAAUUUUCCAGGCUUUUGUAGAUACUGUAUUUGAUGCCUAUCAGGAUGCUUUAAUUUGGGGGGUCGAAUAUAAUUCUCAGUCAUCCAUUGCUGUUGGUCUGCAAACUUUUGAGGUAACGACACACACACACACACAUGCACGCACACAAGCACACACACACACACACACACACACACACAGGAUUUUAGAUUUGAAAAUGAUGUUUCUUAAUCUUUUCAAACUGUACUGUAACCUUCCUUUGGUUUUACUGUUUUCAUUGAACAUUCUCGAUUUCCAAGAAAAUGUUUUUAUUGACAUUUUAAAAAACGAGUGUGUUUUGUCCAGGUAUUGAGUACAUGAUUUUUAUGUCAUUUCUGAUUCAGAAUGAAGUGUAUCAUUUCUCCACACGCGUGUGUUCACCUAAUCUUGCACACAUAUCAUGCACCAAAUCUUAUGCAAAGGGGAAGCUAACACUUAAAGUGACUCUUGUCCCUUAUGGAAAUGGAUUUUUUCUGCAUAUAUUGCUGUUGGCAGUAUUCAGUCUUGUGUUUUUUUUUUUUUUCCUAAAAAAAUGAAAGAAAAGCAAAAAACAAACAACAAAAAAGGACAGCCAAAAAAAAAAAAAAAACCAACAAUGUACAGGUUUGUAACUGCCAAAAUUUGAUGGUUAAAACAAGUUUUCGAGUAAAAAGAAAAAAAAAUGAAACCA